AGUCUGUGCUGCUCGCCUCUCCCCACACACACUGCAAGUCUGCAAGAAUAACCAGAGAACCUACGAUCGCAAAUCAGCAGACUAUCACUUCGUCUCCGGUGAGUUCUCUCUUUCACUGCUUCUUUUUGUUCUCUCUUUUAUAUUCUUUAAUUUUGGUGGUUGUUUUUCUUUCUUUUCGGCUUUAUUUCAACGUAAAUUGAAGUUGACGAGCGCAAACGACAUGGGGGCGACAGAUUUCGGACCAAGUGAUAAACGACUAGUCGAAUUUUACUUGCGCCAGAAGAUCUUAGGCAAUGAUGACGAAGUUUCUGCAAUUGCGGAGAUUGAUUAUAUCUGCAAUUACGAGCCGUGGGAUUUACCUAUGCUGGCGGCGAUACCUUCAGAGGAUGCAUGGUAUUUCUUUUCUUCUCCAGAUCGGAGGUGUAGAAAGAGUGGAAAUAAUAACAGGGCAACAAGGGCUGGUUCCUGGAGCGAGACCGGCAAGAAACGUGAGAUUAAGAACGGAGAGAACCAAGUCAUCGGUUUCAAGAUAAUUUUGGUCUUCUGCGAAGGUCGUGGGCGUGGCAAAGUCCGGACUAACUGGACCAUACACGAGUAUCAUCUAAAUCCCUCUUGUUCCAAUGGGAGGGAUUAUGUCCUCUCCUGCUUGCAUCGAAGACCCCCCAAAAAGACUGUCAAUUCAGCGGUUGAUGAAGUUGAACCAGGUUAUGACUCGGUUUCUCAGGUUGAAAAUACUCUUGCGAAUAUGACAUUGGCAGAGAUAGCCCCACAGUUUAUGGUCUUGGACUCUAAUGGGCAGGAUUUCACUUCCCCCAUUGCGCAGCAACCGGAGAUGCACAUGAGUCAGAAUCCCUUUUAUGUGAAUUAUCAGCAUACAAAUGGCGUCACUGAUGAUUAUUUGGCUCAAUUUGGUACCAUAUAUCAGCAAGACAACAACACAGAGGCGGUGAAGUUGUAUCUGCCUAUCCAGGAUGUACAACUCUACUCUAGAAUGCACGCUGCCACUGAUGAAUCCAACCUAUCAGGGACAUUGAGUAGUCUGCAUAUUGAGGAUAUCAGUGACACUGAAGCAGUUAAAGCAUGGGCAGAUGGCUGUUUGCCGGAAAUGCACUUGAUGCAGGGUCUCUCUUAUGAGAAUCUUCAGCAAGCCAAUUGUGUUGCUGAUGAAUAUAAUUUGCCAUUGUCUCAAUUUGGCACUAGUUGUCAGCAAGACAACAUUUUAGAGGUGAACUCUUAUCCUGCUAUCCAGGAUGUACACUCCUACUGCGGAAGUAUGCAAUUUGCCCCUAGUGACUCGAGCCCAUUAGAGUCAUCAGGAAGUCAGCAUGUCGAGGAUAUCAGUCACACCGAAGCAGUCAACAUGUUUUCUCCUUGCUGUUCUGAAACAACUCUUGGGAGCGAUAAUGAAUGGCUUUGGGAUCGGUUGUUUGAGCCUGGUUCUGCAUAUUUUUCCUACACAUGAAAAUAGAGAAAAAUACGCAGAAACACGUAGGAACUGCCGAUGCAAUGCCUACCCUACAAUAAAUGGAAGGUCUAUGAUAUCGGACGAUAUGAUGUCCUUUGUGAGACAAGGAUGUGGGUGUAUAACCAUAACCAUGAUGGUUUUCUUGUGAACCCACUUUCUUGUCUCCUGGAUGACAUGAUAUUGCGCGGCAUCAUGGUCAUUCCCUUCAGUACAGAGUGUGAUGCUUUUGAGUGUGAUGAGUUGUGUACCUGGUAGUACUGGUUUUAUUUAGGUUUAAAAGAUGAACUCUAUCUAUUUUCACUAUUAUGUGUGCUUUAUUUCCUGGAAUGUAUAAAGGAAAUUCCUCUCUUAUUGUAGUUUCAGUUGGCUUGUUUAUGCCGUCAA